CGGGCUCAGGGUAAAGUUUCAGCCUCCGCACGUGACUCGCCAUGGCCGCUGCCUUCGACCCGCGCAGCUAAGCCGCGGCGGUCCCUCGGACGGCUUCUCUCCCGGGAUCUCUCACCCCUGACGCCGAGUAAUACCAAGGCAAAGGGUCAGGACCAACGCGGUGCCAGGAAGGACUGCGUCCCCCGCGCUGCGAGCGUCUCGGGACAUGACCCCCCCAGCCGCCUACCCAGGGGUCAUCUAAGAGAGGCAUCCUUUUCCGCGUCCUGAAGGGCAGCUCUGGACCUCCCCAGGAAAGUGCCAGCUCACGGAACCGCUUGACCGAAGGACCGGCUCUUGGGACAUCCCCCAGCCCCUGGCCCCAAGCUAAAGUGGGGGCUCCAGGAGGCUGACAUUAACUUGCUAGCCUUGGACCGCAGCUCCAGGACAGAAGGGGGGGUGGGCUGACCACCCAAACCCCCUCUGGGCCCAGGCCCCAUGCCCCAAGGAGGGGCGGCCUGAAGCCCGCCGGAGUCUCCUGCCAGACUGUCCGCCUGCCUCCGGACUGUGGCUGCUUGGCAUGGCCAGCAACAGCAGCUCCUGCCCGACACCUGGGGGAGGGCACCUCAAUGGGUACCCGGUGCCCCCCUACGCCUUCUUCUUCCCCCCUAUGCUGGGUGGACUCUCCCCGCCGGGCGCUCUGACCUCUCUCCAGCACCAGCUUCCGGUUAGCGGCUACAGCACGCCCUCCCCAGCCACCAUCGAGACCCAGAGCAGCAGUUCCGAAGAGAUAGUGCCCAGCCCCCCCUCGCCGCCCCCCCUCCCCCGCAUCUACAAGCCUUGCUUCGUCUGCCAGGACAAAUCCUCCGGCUACCACUAUGGGGUCAGCGCCUGUGAGGGCUGCAAGGGCUUCUUCCGCCGCAGCAUCCAGAAGAACAUGGUGUACACGUGUCACCGGGACAAGAACUGCAUCAUCAACAAGGUGACCCGCAACCGCUGCCAGUACUGCCGGCUGCAGAAGUGCUUCGAAGUGGGCAUGUCCAAGGAGUCUGUGAGGAACGACCGGAACAAGAAGAAGAAGGAGGCGCCCAAGCCCGAGUGCUCCGAGAGCUACGCGCUGACGCCCGAGGUCGGGGAGCUCAUCGAGAAGGUGCGCAAGGCGCACCAGGAGACCUUCCCGGCCCUCUGCCAGCUGGGCAAAUACACUACGAACAACAGCUCGGAACAGCGUGUCUCCCUGGACAUCGACCUCUGGGACAAGUUCAGCGAACUCUCCACCAAGUGCAUCAUCAAGACCGUGGAGUUCGCCAAGCAGCUGCCGGGCUUCACCACGCUCACCAUCGCCGACCAGAUCACCCUUCUCAAGGCCGCCUGCCUGGACAUCCUGAUCCUGCGGAUCUGCACGAGGUACACGCCCGAGCAGGACACGAUGACCUUCUCGGACGGGCUGACCCUGAACCGGACCCAGAUGCACAAUGCUGGCUUCGGCCCCCUCACGGACCUGGUCUUCGCCUUCGCCAACCAGCUGCUGCCCCUGGAGAUGGACGACGCUGAGACCGGGCUGCUCAGCGCCAUCUGCCUCAUCUGUGGAGACCGGCAGGACCUGGAGCAACCAGACAGGGUGGACAUGCUGCAGGAGCCGCUGCUGGAGGCGCUGAAGGUCUAUGUGCGGAAACGGAGGCCCAGCCGCCCCCACAUGUUCCCCAAGAUGCUGAUGAAGAUCACGGACCUGCGAAGCAUCAGUGCUAAGGGGGCUGAGCGGGUGAUCACGCUGAAGAUGGAGAUCCCGGGCUCCAUGCCACCUCUCAUCCAGGAGAUGCUGGAGAACUCAGAGGGCCUGGACACGCUGGGCGGACAGCCCGGGGGUGGCGGGCGGGAGGGGGGUGGCCUGGCCCCCCCGCCCCGCAGCUGCAGCCCCAGCCUCAGCCCCAGCUCGAACAGAAGCAGCCCGGCCACCCACUCCCCGUGACCGCCUGCGCCCCACAGACGUAGCCCUUGCUCCUCGCCCGGCUUUUCUCUGCCUUUCUACCAACCACGCGACCCCAGCCAGCCCUGCCCCCUCCCUGUCCUCCUCAGGACAGGAGGGAGGAGGUGGCCACUCAUUGGACAGAGGCCCGGUGCUACGGACUGUUACUCUGUGGCCUGGGCUGACAUCAGGGGCAAGGUCACGAACUGAGUGAGGACCCCUGGUCUUGGGUCUCAGGAUGGGGCCUGGGGGCCUUGUGUUCAUCGAGACACCUCUCUGCCCGCCUCGCCGCAUCUUCAUCACCAGCAAACGCCAGGACCUGGCUCCCCCAUCCCCGGAACGCGCAAGCCAUUGCCUCCUGGUUGGGGAGCCCCCCUUGCCUCAGUUGGUGACGGAGGGGGUGGGCCGG